AUGGCAUACCCCGUCAAACGAUCACAGAGACCAAAGCAACUCCAUAAAGUGCGCUUCAUGUCCCGAGCCAUGGCUUCGCCUUCUUCCCCGCAACAUACUUUACCCCGCUCACCAACAGACACGACCGAGAACUCUAGUGAUAACACAGACAAUAUUUCUCAAAUCCGACCAGGCGUAUCGCCAGAAGAACUUUCUUCGGACACAGAGUCAGCAGAGGAAGAAAUUUGGCAAGACGAACCCGCCAGUCCCGUGACUAUGACGACGAUGUAUCAGAUUCCCAUUCUCUUCAGCCAGCAGCCGCCUAUCCAUGACCUCCUGGCAACAGAAACCUCCGAAAAGCAGGGUGAAGUUGUAGAGACUUGUGCCUCCUUCUUAUCUGCCCAGUCGGAUGAGUUCAGCUACUACAACGAGCAUGGAGUCCCGCACUUACUCCGCGAAAAGCACGUCAACUUUUGCCACAAGCAGCUUAACCCUCUCCCUGCGCCAUUUACUAGGGCUGAUUCUGCUCGUCCAUGGUUCUUCUACUGGACGCUAACUGCGUUGAGUGCACUGGGUGAGGAUGUUGGUCAGUAUAGGGAACGACUGAUCAGUACCGUCAAGCCUCUCCAGAAUUCCACUGGGGGUUUUGGAGGCGGUCAUGGCCAAAUGAGCCAUCUCGCAACAACAUAUGCUACCGUGCUCUCGCUGGCCAUGGUUGGAGGAGAUGAUGCGAUUAACGCUAUUGAUCGGAAGGCAAUGUGGCAAUGGCUGUCCAGGCUGAAGCAACCAGAUGGUGGAUUUCAAAUGUCUAUCGGAGGAGAGGUCGAUGUCAGGGGCGCAUACUGUGCAGCGAUGCUGGUGAAGCUUCUCAGGCUCCCUCUUCACCUAGCCAAGGGAUCACCGGCCCAAGCUGAAAAUUUCGAUCUUUUUACAGGUCUUGGAGAAUAUGUGUCACGAUGUCAAACAUAUGAGGGUGGUAUUGCUAGCCGCCCAGACACAGAGGCUCACGGCGCGUAUGCCUUCUGUGCCCUUGCGUGCCUUUGUAUCCUGGGAGACCCCCGUGAGACUCUCCCGAAAUAUCUGGAUGUGCCGACGCUUAUAUCGUGGCUCUCUUCUCGUCAGUACGCACCAGAGGGAGGUUUCGCUGGGCGCACGAACAAGCUCGUGGACGGUUGUUACUCGCAUUGGAUUGGUGGCUGCUGGCCACUGCUCGACGCUUGUCUUGCGGGUUCGGCAGAGAACCACGGGGCUCCUCACAAUGACAGUCUCUAUAGCCGAGAGGCACUGACGCGAUAUAUCUUGUGCUGUGGACAAGAUACCACCAAGCGUGGCGGAUUGAGGGACAAACCCGGAAUGUUCUCGGAUGGAUAUCAUACAUGUUAUUUACUCGUCGGACUCAGUUCGGCUCAGCACAAGUGGUCUUUACAGGCUCCAACCGAUGACAGUAUGGCCUCGCUGGGGUGGACCUCAGAGACCUAUCCGAGGAAGCAGGACGACGGCUAUGCUCAGAUCUUCAACGAGGAGGAUAGGGUCAAGAGCAUCCACCCCGUCUACGUCAUCCCUGAGGGAAUUGCGGAGAGGAUAAUGCAAUACUGCGACAGCCAAGAGCGCUUUUCAUGA